AGCCGCCGUAUCCAAAAGCUCCUUCACAAUCAAUCUCAGCAUCGCUGUGUCUUAAAAUCACUCAAUCGAAAUUCGGAUUUAGAUUUGAGCGAAAGUCGCGGCGGUUUUUGUGAUUAGGGUUUCGUAACCGUGUCCGCCGGUAUAUGAGAUGGCUGAGGAGAAGAAGAAUAAGAAGAAAAAGAGUGACGCUAAGGUUGAUUCUGAAGAAACCGGUGAAGAAUUCAUUUCCGAGCACAGUUCUAUGAAGGAUAAGGAAAAGAAGAGGAAGAAGAAUAAGCGAGAGAAUAAGGAUGGUUUUACUGGAGAAGAUAUGGAGAUAACUGGGCGUGAAAGUGAGAAACUAGGUGAUGAGGUUUUUAUAGUUAAGAAGAAGAAGAAGUCGAAGAAGCCAAUAAGGAUUGAUUCUGAAGCUGUUGAUGCUGUGAAGAAGAAAUCGAAAAAGAGAAGUAAGGAGACAAAGGCUGAUUCCGAAGCUGAGGAUGAUGGUGUGGAGAAGAAAUCCAAGGAGAAAAGUAAGGAGACAAAGGUUGAUUCUGAAGCUCAUGAUGGUGUGAAGAGGAAGAAGAAGAAGAGCAAGAAAGAAUCUGGUGGUGAUGUGAUAGAAAAUACUGAAAGCUCCAAAGUAUCUGAUAAGAAAAAGGGAAAAAGAAAGCGGGAUGAUACUGAUUUGGGAGCUGAAGAAAACAUAGACAAGGAGGUGAAGAGGAAGAACAACAAGAAGAAACCAAGUGUGGAUUCAGAUGUUGAAGAUAUCAAUUUGGACUCUACAAAUGAUGGAAAGAAGAAAAGGAAGAAAAAGAAACAAAGUGAGGAUUCAGAGACUGAAGAAAACGGCUUGAACUCUACCAAAGACGCAAAGAAGAGAAGGAAGAAGAAGAAGAAGAAGAAGCAAAGUGAAGUCUCUGAGGCUGAAGAAAAGUCUGAUAAAAGUGAUGAAGACUUGACCACCCCAUCUACAUCAAGUAAAAGGGUGAAGUUUUCUGACCAAGUGGAGUUUUUUCCUAGUGAUGAUGAUGAAGGAACGGAAGAUGAUGAUGAAGAAGAAGUUAAGGUGGUGAGGGGUAAGCGGUUUACAAAAGAAGAAGAUGAGAUGGUAAAGAAUGCUGUAUUAGAAUACAUUGAUAACCAUGCUUUAGGAGAUGAGGGGAUAAAGAUGGUUAUGGAAUGCAAGGCAUACCCACAACUUAAAGGCUGUUGGAAAGAAAUUACAUCUGCUUUACCUUGGAGGACUUAUAAUAGUGUGUAUCAUCGUGCACAUACUAUAUUUGAAGCAGGAUCUCAGGGGAUAUGGACGAAAGAGGAUAUUGAACUCGUUAUGGAGUUUCAAAAGACACACGGGAAUGAUUGGAAAACACUUGCAGAUGCAAUGGGUAAGCACAGGAAGCAUGUGAAAGACGCUUGGAGGAGAGGAAGAUUGGCAGGUAAGAAGAAAGGACAUUGGAUGAGGGAGGAGUAUCAAAACCUCUUUGACCUUGUCAACAAAGACCUUAGAAUGAAAGCAUUCAAAGAGAAACACUCAAAACAUGGUAUGCUCAAAGAUAACAUCCCUUGGAUGGCUAUAAGCGACGUACUUGAAACACGGGACCACGUGACUUGCUGCCAGAAAUGGUAUGAGCAGUUGAUAUCACCAAUGGUAGCAAAGGGAAUGUGGGCUAACGUUGAUGACUAUAGGCUCUUGGAAGAGCUUUUGAAACUGGAUGCUGCUUGUAUCGACGAUGUGGAUUGGGAUAAUCUUUUGGAGAAUCGAGAUGGAGAAGCUUGUAGAAAACGGUGGAACCAGAUGAUCAUUCAUAUCGGCGUACCGAAAUCGAAAACAUUUGCAGAACAAGUUGAGAUUUUGUCUGACAGGUAUUGCCCUGACAUAGCUGAGGACAGAGAGGAUUUUGACAACAGACCCUAUGAUCCUGAAGAUUAA